AACCGUUCCUAGCAGCAAAGAUUUCCCGUGUUUUGCGGUGGAAAAGUGACUGUUGAAUUACACAACGAAUGCCAAUCAGUAAUCGGCCAUCGCCCGUGUGUCGUGUCGAGUCGUGUGAAGAGAGAAUCAAUAUGGUGUUUUGCUAGCUUUCUGCAGACAGUAAAAUACAAAACAUCCGCCCAGCAGGAAGUCGGUGCCGCUACCACCACCACCCGUUGGUUGCGGCCACAAAUAUAUGCAAAGGCACGUUCUUGAACAGACAUCCGGAAAAUCCAGCCGCCGACAGGGAACCCAGCUGGUGGCUGUGGGCAUUUGAGUCCUAAAAGUUUAACCUUCAUCUGUUGAUGCUUCUGCGGGGCACCGAACCAAAAUACGCUACGUACUGUGCCUUUUUUGGUGGCCGUCUCGAAAAGCCAACCAGCAGACCAGAUUGACUGACCGGAAAGGGUCUAAAUCUAGGAACCAGUGCUUUUGAAGAAAGGUGGUGGUGUUGUGUUGUUAGUUGCGACGUAGCAACACCGUGGUUACGCUUCGCCAGGGCACUAUAGCGACGCACAAUAGUCAAAGCAACCAAGCAAGCAAACCGCCCUUCACAGCCGAAGGGACAACCAUUGACGCAGCAUAACAAAAAGCGGCAGUGUCCCGGAGCAGACUGACCGCAACAGUACCGCGCGACCGGAGUGUGUUUGGCGAAACGAAACACAUUACAGUGAGCGCUCCAACGUUUUCUUGUCCGCCACAACAUGGCAUCCGGAUCCGUGUCCGUUUCCACAGGAACCAAAACCACCAACAAGACCGGUGGCACCGCAGGCACGGUUGCGACCGGCGGGGCUGCGGGUCGCAAAAAGUCCGGCCCCAAGUUCGAGCUGUCCGACGAGCAGCGGCAGGACAUUAAGGAAGCGUUCGACCUGUUCGACUCCGAGGGAACGGGCAUGAUCGACACCAAGGAGCUCAAGGUGGCGAUCCGGGCCCUCGGGUUCGAGCCGAAGAAGGAGGAAAUCAAACGGAUGAUCGCCGAAAUCGACAAGGACGGUUCGGGCAAGAUCUCGUUCGACGACUUUCUGCAGCUCAUGACGGUCAAGAUGGCGGAAAAGGACUCGAAGGAGGAGAUUCUGAAGGCGUUCCGACUGUUCGACGACGACGAAACGGGCACGAUCUCGUUCAAAAACCUGAAGCGGGUCGCAAAGGAGCUGGGUGAAAAUUUGACCGACGAAGAGCUGCAGGAGAUGAUCGAUGAAGCGGACCGGGACGGAGACGGCGAAGUGAACCAGGAAGAGUUUUUGCGAAUCAUGAAGAAAACGAGUCUCUACUAAAGCGAGAGCCGCCAUGCGUGCUUUACUGUAAUUAUUUUUUUAAGGAACCUAUCUGUUCAAGUGAUUGAUUUACCAGUGGAACGAUCGCAUUUGAUGUGAGGCAAAGUACGAGUCGGAUUAUCGCGAUAGGGCAUCUUGUGAGGUUUGAUAAAGUUCCGUAAAGUAUUCCUAUUUGGACUGCAGAAUCCGCCAAAUUUGCAUUUAAACCUCUUCCGCCAACACGAUGAAGUCAUUCCUUGCGGAUUUAUUCAGCAAACACAACAAACAUCUGCCUCACUUGGCGGCAGGAGAUGGAUGAAGCAGACGUAAGGGUUAAUUUGAUAAGAAACGGUCUGAAUCGAAUCUAGUACAGGCAUGCUCCAUUUCCGCUCGAAGACAAAACGCUGAUAAUCCAAACAAUACUAAGCAUUAAAAAAUUGCCAAAAAGCAACCCAAAAGUACGGUGAAUCAUUCCAUCACGCUGCUGCUGGUUCGAGAGAAACCGAUCCGAUUUCUUAUUAUCAGCGGCCUGUCGCCGGACUUUGCAUUAGAAGAAGUAGAUUUAUUUCGCCAAACCUUUACCGGGACACAGCACAUUGAGGGGAGGAAUUUUUACUCAAACUUAGGCACAAGUUGGUGGCCCAUGGUUGCGGGAGUUUUGGAGGGUACGCUUUAGGCCACUCUCCUUUUACGUAUCGAACGACUCGCUCUCUCUGUACGCGGGUACCUGUUCUCUCGUAGUGCUUUGCCUUUUUACCGUGGGUCAUCGUUGCACCGCCUGCAAGUGCUUAUGCUAAUGAUACGGAGAUGGUGCAAAAGCUAGGAAAGCGCCAGCGAUCAGCAGCGCUCGAAAGAGGGAAGACACGCAAAACAAGGGCGCGGCCACAGUAUCGCCAAGUUUGGAACUUUUUACGAUUAACCACCCGCGCCAGUCGCUGCCGUUCUGUAGUAUGAGUUAAAUGUAACGAUAAAAAUUACACGAAUAAAAACGUAAUCACGGUACGGAGCGCGUGUUGGCCAACAACAAACAGUUUGGGAACUAGACACGCACGCAGCAUUACGAUGGCGGCACCAGCCGGAAGCGAGUGGAUUGCGUGAGCGAACGAACAGGAAAUUUUGCGGCCGAAACGAUUUAAUGAAUAUCAAAAUAUAGAUAUAUUUUUCUUCGA